UCUGGCAACACUGCAUUGGGCUCAGUGAAAGUUUUGUUUAUUUUAUUUAUUUAUUUAAUAAAAAUGCUAAAUGCCAAAAUCGGCAAGGUCGGCAAGGUGCUGGUGUGUGGUAUGAAGGGUGUGGGCAAGACGGCGCUCAUUGAGCAGCUGGUCUACGGCCACGUUAAUCCCGAGACUGAAUUGCAUCCAACCAUUGAGGACAUCUACGUGGCCAGUGUGGACACCGGACGAGGAGGGGCCCGCGAGACCUUGCGCAUCUAUGACACAGCUGGGCUGCAGGGCGAGCAGCAGCAGCUGCCGCGUCACUACCUCCAGUUCCCGGACGCUUUUGUGCUGGUAUACGAUCCCAUGGACCCGCGUAGCCUCGACAUGCUGGCCGACAUAAAAACGGACAUCGAUAAGCACAAGGAGAAAAAGGAGAUUCCCGUCGUGGUGCUGGCUAAUGUACGAGCACGGGCUGCUCCCAAUCCCGUAGAGAAGAUUAUGGACCGGGCCAAUAUCUGGUGCCAAAGGGAAAGAAUUAAGCACUACACGGUAAACGCAAUGGAGCGGCCUUCGCUCUACGAACCCUUUACAUCGCUGUGCGCCCGCCUGCAUCCAGCUCAGACGAAAAGCACGUUCCCUCAGCUGCGCCAGGUCAUGCAAAACCGUCAGAAGAGCGAAGCGUAAAUUUACCCCUAGGAAAUAGUUUUAUAUACUUAUACAGCAUUCAUUUUGGUCCUGUAGCAACCGUGUAGUAGUGUGUACUUGCCUUUGUAUUAACCGCUGUGCUUUAAUGUGGGCCAAAGCCCGAACGUUUUGUACUUAUCUAUGGAUAACUUAUAGCUAUAUGUUCGUGAGCGUCUAAUUCUGUCUUUAUAUUAUUUAUUAAAACUAAAUAUGUAUCUCCA